AUGGAUGUCCACCAAUUGUUUAGUAGUCUUAAGAAGGAAGCUGAAUGUCCACUGUGCUUAGAUACAGUCAAAGAACCGAAAACGCUUCCAUGCUUGCAUUCGUUUUGUUUAGAAUGCCUUGACAAACACGCUGGAUACGCAAGAAGACAGGGAAAAACGAUGAUCAAAUGUCCGGUGUGCUUGGCUGACUUCAACAUUCCAAAAAAUGAUACGUUCUCUUAUUUACCUACGUCGUUUCAUCUCAAUCGAUUGGUGGAUAUUUUAGCCCUAAAAGAUGAUAGCGUGCAGAUUCAGACAUGCAAUAGCUGCGACGAUAACAGCGCUGUAACUUCGUAUUGUUUUGUUUGUCAAAGCUUUCUCUGUGCAACUUGUCUUGAAGCGCAUCAACGCCUGAAGGCGACGAGUGGUCACCGAAAUGUUUUGAUCGAGAAAUUGCAAGCACAAGAUGUCGAAGAAUUGAUUCACCGACCUGUCAUGUGCACGCAGAAGUAUCACGAAAACGAAUCACUUGAGUACUUCUGCAAAGAUUGUAACACUUGUGUCUGUAUGAAGUGUGGAUUCGUAAGUCAUAGUCGUUACACAAUGUUAGAUAUUCAACAAGCAGCGGAAGAAAGAAAGGUUCAAAUUACAAAAGCCGUUGACAAAGCAAAGGCGGAAAUUGGUGUUGUGCAGAGAAAAAUGGAGAGACAAAAAGAAUUCAUGAAGAAAAGCACAGACGAAAUGCUUGCUGCUGAAAAUAAAGUCACAGCUAUUGUGGACGAACUUGUCCGAAUUUUAAGGGAACAUGAAGAUGCUGUGAAGAAAAGGUUAAUUGAAAUCAGAGAAGCACAGCAAAGAGAUCAUGCGACUCGAACAGAAGAGUUUCAGUUAACAGUUUCCCAACUCAAUGGAUUUGUUGAACGCGGAAAUGCUAUCCUAAAUCGAAACAUACCCUCUGAAAUUAUACGAACAGAACUGACCGUCACAAGUCGGCUAGAAGAACUUUCGAAAGCGGCGCGAGUAAUGAUCCUUCAGCCACUUCAUUUUAGUUAUGUUGCAAACGAGAAAUUUGAAAAAUACAGGACCAUAAUGAAAAAUUCAGGUCCGGGCAAAGUUAUUGCGAGUUUUACCGAUCCUGCACUAUCGUUAGCGGGAUGUGAACCAAAAGUUUUGGACGUGAUAAAACCAUGUAGCAAAGUGGUUUUCAAAUUAACAACAAGAGAUUCAGAUGGAAAUCAGAUUUACAACAAAGAAGACAACGUGACGGUGCACAUCUACCCACCAUCCGAAGUAGAAGAGGAAAAAGAAAUAACAAAUUUCAAAGAUGGAAAGUACAGCAUUUUUGUUUAUCCAAAACUCGCAUGUGAUAUUGUGAUUAAACUGAACGGGAUACCGCUGACGCAGAAAGUAAAGAUUGCGCCAGAGGAAGACUUUACCUCAUAUGUCGAGCAGGAGUUAGACCCAAGAGAGAUGCUGACUGCUAAUUUUUCGCAUGGUAUUGUCCCAAAGGAAACCACAGGAGAUAUUGUAGAGCGCAAGAAACGGCACACCCCGAAAGUAAGGACUUUGAAGCAUGAUGACUGUACCAAAGAUUUCGUGCGUGGAUGCGAAGCUUCACAGCAGCAGUUUGGCCGUAGAAGAAUAGACUAUUCUAACUUUUCACGUGGUACUGCCCAAAGCAAAAAGACAGGAGAUAAUGCAGUGAGCAGGCAAAGGGAGACCCGAAUGGUAAAUACUGCAUCCCGUGAAGACUAUACCACAGAUUUCGCGCGUGAUUGCGAAGCUUCACAGCGGGAGUUUGGCCGUAGCGAAAUAGACAAUUCUAACUUUUCAUGUGCUAUUGCCCAAAGCGAAAAUAGAGGAGAUAAUACAGUGAGCAGGGGAUGGCAGGCCCGAAUGGAAAGUGCUACAUCCCAUGAAGACUAUACCACAGAUUACGCGCGUGAAUACAACGCUUCAAAUCAGGAGUUUGACCAGAAACGCAUUCGGUCUCGCGGAAGGCGAAGAUGCAGUGAACAGGCAACCACAGACCUGGAUAGUGAAGACUGCGUCGCAUGAAUACUGUACCACAGAUUUUGCAUGUGAAUGUGAAGCUUCACAGCAGGAGUUUGACCAGAGAGGAAUAGAUGAUUCUAGCUAUUCGUAUGGUAUUGCCCAAAGUGAAAAGACAGGAGAUAUUGCAUUGAGCAGGAAACGGCAGACCUGGAAAGUAAAGACUGCACUGCAUGAAUACUGUACCACAGAUUUUGCGCUAUUGCAGUGAGCGAAAAUAUUGUUGAUGGGGAAAGUAAAGAUUGAGUCACACUGUACUGCAAAUGUCCUGCGUUAAUGCAAAGCUUCCCAGCAAGAGUUUGACCUGAGAGGAAAAGGGAAUUCUAACUUUCUGUGUAGUAUUGCCCAAAGUGAAAACACAGGAGAUAUUACAGUGAGUAGGAAAUUGCUGACCCAAAAAGUAAAGACUGUGUCGCAUGAAGACUGUACCACAGAUUUUGUGCCCGAAUGUGAAGCUUCCUAGCAGGGGUUUGACAUGAGAGGAAAAGAGAAUUCUAACCUUUCAUGUAGUAUUGCCCAAAGCGACAGGAUAUAUUGCAGUAAGCAGGAAACUGCUGACAGGGAAAGUAAAGAUUGCAUCACAUACUAUACCAAAGACUUCAAGUAGGGCAGUCAGUAGUUUGACCUGAGAGGAGAAGGGAAUUCUUACCUUCAGUGUAGUAUUGCCCAAAGCCAAAGGAGAUACUACAGUGAGCGGAUCAUGUGUACUAUAGGUGGACUCGGUCGACAUAUCGGGCGACAGUCGACCGAUAUAUCGGUCGACUAUCGGUCGACUAUCGGCCGACAAUCGACCGACAAUCGGUCGACUGUCGACCGACUAUCGGUCGAUAGUCGACCGAUAUAUCGGCCGACAGUCGACCGAUAAAUGUGUCGACCGAUAUAGUCUUAAACCAUCGAUACUCGACCGAUACAUGACCGAUACUUGACCGAUACAUGACCGAUACUUGACCGAUACAUGACCGAUACUUGACCGAUACAUGACCGAUACUUGACCGAUACUUGACCGAUUCACGACCGAUACUUGACCGAUACAUGACCGAUACAUGACCGAUACAUGACCGAUACAUGACCGAUACAUGACCGAUACAUGACCGACACUUGACCGAUACUUGACCGAUACUUGACCGACACUUGACCGAUUCACGACCGAUACUUGACCGAUGCAUGACCGAUACUUGACCGAUACAUGACCGAUACUUCACCGGUACUUCACCGAUACUUGACCGACACUUCACCGAUACUUCACUGAUACUUGGCCGAUAAUUCAUUGCCCCCCAGGGAGGAGGGUUUAUUCCACGAUAAAAGAUAUAAAACUCUAAUAAGUAAUAUGAUUACCUCAUAAUUUAGAUGUAAAUUGCGUGUCUGGAAUCCAGUUUUAAAUUUCUCUUGUGCCGGCCAAAGCGCGUAUCGUCUCCGGCAGCGAAUUCCAAGUCCUUACAGCGGCGAAGUAACGAAGAGACCUUAGACCAUGUUUUGUACAUCUAACUUUAGGUAUCAAAGCAUAUUUGUGCCCCUUUAAUUACGAUACGUGUUCUUUACUUGAAAUGAAUUAGCUGUAGUGGUGGGUGUCUUCUUUUGAAAACAUCUGUCUAUCGUAAUUAACAUAUCUUGGGUGAGACGACCCUUUAAUGUGUUUUGUAAACCAAUCAAAUUGAGCAUUCUUUCUUAAUGAAGGGUCUUUGCUAUAAAUACAUGUCAUACCUAAGUGCACGGUCCUUUACCCUCUCUAGUUUUUCAAGUAUAUUCAACCUAUUGACUUUGCCUGUUACUUUUCCGGAGAUGUAGAUGUGGUGUGAGAAUUAAGGAUCUGUGUUCACUUACAAUAGAUCAAAAUUAUGAGAUCUACAACGCACGAUGUUUAUUGCGUUGGAGACUUACUACACCCUUUUCAAAGGUUAGGUUAUAUUUGGUUUUAUUAUCUGUGCUUUGGAAGCUUAUUUCAUUGGACAAUGAAUGGCAUUUUAACUUUUUUUGUCCGCCGCCGCUGUCAUUAUUCUUUAUAUAAAGGGUUAAAAACCUCCAGUUUGAGACAUGACGGCAAACGGGACGUCGGUAGAGUGAACUCGCAAUACUUCCAGCCGCACUCAUAAAGUUUUGAUUUCUAUUUAAUUCUAUAUCAAGCGCGUGUUUUUAGUAAACGUCAAAACAAUUCUAACACUGUUUGUUCCCAUUGGACCGCGAGUAAGGAAAUUUCAUUUUCCGAUGAUGUAGUCUUCAACGCUGGUGUACUAAAUGGUGGUGACGGUUGAAAAUAUAGAUCGUAUUAGGUUCUGUAGCUUUGUAAAUCCACUUUAUAGGGAUACAACUGUUUCGAGAUAUUUGUCCGACAAAAUGGAGCAAAACAAUGGCUGUGUGCAAGUGUUUUAAAAAACAUUGGUUAAUUUCCUUACUGUCCUCCGUAAUACAAGAUGUAUACUGAUAACUGCAGUUUGUCAUCCAAAAAAAAAUUACAUUCCAAAACUCAAAUGGGAAAUGGUUUUUGAUCGCAUGCAUUUUAGCGAAAGCUUAAUUGACUUUCUUUCCUUUGAUUUGUAAAAACAAAGUAAAAUACGAGAAAUUGGACCUUUCUCGGAAACCUUCGAUUUGUUUUUACUGCUCGGUGUAUUCAUUGGUUCAAAUGAUAUAGAUAUAGAAUGUGAACCGCGAAGCACCCGUAAUAUAAAUUAUAAUUUUUUUUAAAUAAAUGUUUGGGUGCUGGAAGAAGGCAAUACUGCCGAUACAAUAAAUCCUCCUGGGUUACUACCCUUUUAAAGGAAAUUUGGGAGUCCUCACGGGGCAAAGAAAGGGGACGUCGACCUCGAGGAGAGAGAUGGGUUCUUGGGCUUUUUGACACACAGUAUGACCCCGCUCGACCGUAUUUACAGCUUGUGAGAAGGCGAGAUUCGCGUACUCUUUUGACCAUUAUCCAAAGACACGUACAACCAGGCUCUUUGGUUUAUACUGAUGAAUGGGCGGCAUACAGGCAAAUGCAAAGGGUCUUGGGUUUCAAUCAUCAAACGGUUAAUCACUCGGUUAACUUUGUAGACCCAAUCACCGGUGUCCACACACAACACGCAGAGAGCAAUCGGUCUGCAGCAAAGGACAAAUUUAAGAAGAUAAAAAAGGGAACACAAAUCCUAACUUCCUACAAGAAUACCUCAAGGAAUUCAUGUGGAGAAGAUGGCAUGGUGAGCUUCACCCGAAUGGCUGUUUUGGACGGUUGAUGGAGGACAUUGCAGAACAAUAUCCACUUUAAAUACCCAGAGGUGGGGGUACUCCCAUAUACAUGUAUGUGCCGCGGGAUAGGGUUUGCCUCUGUUAGCAUUGUGUUUCCGUUGUGAUCUUUAGAUAGGAUAUGUAAAUUGUAUCGGCUAAAAUUGCAGUGUGUAAAUGGCCAGCUAAAUAAAAAGCAAAUUCCGCUAAAAUUGUCAACAAAGCAAUUUUAUCGAGAUUUGUGUUUUGCCGCGCGUGGUUAGCCGUUGUUUGGUUAUUGUUUUUCCUUGAAUAGGGUGUCAUAUUUCGUGUUUGGACAAUUCUCGUUUGUUUCAUCCUUAAAGUGGGACAGGAUUCAAGACUCUUCGAGGCACACACUUAUUCAAAAUUUACGGGAGUACCCCCCUCCCCCGAAACGGGACAGUUCCUGUGACCUUAGUGCAACAUUGGUGAAAUUUGGUAUUUUUUUCAAUUUUAGACUCAGAAGCAUAUACGGUAAAAACCCGCUAAUAGGAACCUAAUUUUUUCCAAGCAAGGCUGAGAAGGCUAUUAUAAAAGAUGGUGCUUAACUGGAAAAUUUGGCUACUCAGGUUCUUUAACAGGUUCUUGUUUUCAAAUAGACUGCGAGCAGUCUCUUUUGCUGUGAAAUCCCACUGGAACGAACGGGGAAAAAGCGGACGUGAUCGACGAGCGAUGAGGGGCGAGGCCGUGAUCUGCGAGCAGCAGGGGCGCCAGUCACAGCGAAAAGAGAUCGCAGCUUGGCCGCUCACCGCUCGUCGAUCGCGCCCUCUGCUCGCAGUCUAGUUUUCAAAAUAAAUGAGUCGUUUGUCAUUGGAGGGCGUGGCCUAUUUUUGGUAUUGUAUGCAUAAUAUGUUAAAAAUCCAAGCAUAUGUUUACCAAGUUUACAAAGCUAUCCAAGAUAAACAGAACAAAACGCAACAUUAAUACAUGGAACUGUGUUGUUGCUUUGACUGAAUUUCUCAAAAAAAAGAACCUGUUUCAAAGUUGUAGGCUAAAACAGGUUAUCGUGUAAAAGGAGUUUUAAUGCACAAUUUUUGUCUAACAUUUUCAGUUAAUCUAUUUUUUCUUAAAAUUUAGGUUCUUAAAAAAGGGUUUUUUACUGUACCUGUAAUAAAUUCAAACAUUGCAAUAGUCUAGCACACUCGAGUUAUUUUACGCGAGGUAUUUUGAGCAUUUGACGUCAUUUUCCCUAAUUCUCAACCAGGCUAUAAUUGGAACGAGAUAAAGAAAUAGCGACUGCAACUUCUCGGAAAUAAAAAUACAAAUAAAAAAAAAGAUUUCUGAUGGUCGUAAUGGAUUGAUAUUUAGCAAGGUAUUUUAGACAGUCAUAUUUUACACGAAAUUAUAAAAAAUGGAUAUGGAUAGUUUGAUCGUAGUAGCGCUUUAAAAACAUUACUUUCCCCCUACACUUCUGGAGGUGGAAGUCUACGAGAAGUUUCCAUUUACCCACUUUUUGUUUAGCAAUUUAUUAAAGCUUUGAAUAUCUAUCAUCUUGAGGCCUCCUUUAUCGUAAUCAUUGAUCAUUUGUGUCCUUUUAAGUUUGUCCCCUUUGCUUUCCCAGAGAAAGUCAUAUAGCAGGGUAUCGAUUUCCUUAAGUGCACCCUGAUGCGUUGGAACAAUUUGUUGUACAAUUUGGGAUACUGCCAAAGCUUUUAUUAUCGUGAUUUUACCUAGAAGAGUAAGUCUCCUAGCAGACCAGCUGCUUAGGAUGUUUUUUACUCUCUCAAUUUUCUCUGAAAAAAUGGCAUCGCCAGAACACAUCAGAACGCUUUAAAGGUAGUGCAAAAUGCGAUGGAAAAUUUGGAGCUAUGCGAUGUUUGGAGAAUUUUUAAUCCAAAUGGCAAGAGGAUUAUCUGGAGGCAAAGACAACUAGAUAUUCAUUGCAGACUUGAUUUUGUUUUAAUAAGUCAAACUACAGUACUUACCCGCUUAUAAGAAUCUGAGUUCUCAGUUCUAAAUGUACUCGUAGGGUGUACUCAUGUGAAUUCUAAUUCAAAACCAACAUGUACAUACUACUGUUUUUCAUACACUAUUUAUACCAAAUUUAGAGAUUUCUAUAGUUCAUACAUGUUUAAGUUCACUACUUUUGAGAGUCAUGUCUUUUAUCUUUGCCUGAAGAUCUUUAAGGUUUAUUUUCUUAAACAGGAACCUGUUUCAAAUUUAGGCUAAAUAGGUCCUUAUGUAAAGGGGGUCUAAAUUGAUAUUUUUAGGCCAACAGGUUCGGGAAUUCUAGGUUCUUAUAAGCGGAUUAGAACUGUAUUUCCGAUAGGUGGGUGCCGCGGAGUUCCCUAUUUAAGGAUAAAAAAAUUGAUACCGUUGUUAAGGCCCAAACCCCCAAAAAGACGCCCUAUUCUAGGUAAAAUAACAAUAAUGAAAAAACAAACAAACAACGGCUGACCUCGCACUGCAAAAAGAAGUCUUUAUAAAAUCGCUUUGCUUAUGAGUUUAACCGCCUUGUUCAGUUUCAAAAGAUCAUUUACUUUUCGUUUAGCUGGGCAGUUACACACUGCAAUUUUAGCUGAUACAAUUUAGGUGGAUCCCAUUACCGACAUAAACUGGACAGUUCAUAUCGGUAACGUUGUACAAGCAAUAUAACGUUGAGGACCUGUUAGAGCUAUAAGAGCUAAGGAAUAAUAAUCAUUUUAGGUAUGUUGGAUUAAGGGCAGCAUGACAUCAGGGAUAAAGCAUAAGCCGGGUAGUUUUAGAAAUAAUGGAAAUACGUUAAGGCACAACAUUAGUUACACAAGAGCGACCAACUUUACAAUGUAUUUUUCCAUUACCAAAUCGGAACAUAUAUCGAAAAAACCUCGCACUCUUUCUUAGCCUAUUUUCUUCUGAGCGAUAUGGUCGGUAAGUGAACCUAUACUUGGCCGAUACUUGACCGAUACUUGACCGAUACUUGACCGAUACUUGACCGCUACUUGACCGCUACUUGACCGAUACUUGACCGCUACUUGACCGCUACUUGACCGCUACUUGACCGACACUUGACCGACACUUGACCGACACUUGACCGACACUUGACCGACACUUGACCGACACUUGACCGACACUUGACCGACACUUGACCGACACUUGACCGACACUUGACCGACACUUGACCGAUACUUGACCGACACUUGACCGAUACUUGACCGAUACUUGACCGCUACUUGACCGAUACUUGACCGAUACUUGACCGCUACUUGACCGCUACUUGACCGCUACUUGACCGAUACUUGACCGAUACUUGACCGAUACUUCACCAGCAGUUGAUCGCUACAUAUCGGCCGAUGCAUCGGCCGACAGUCGGUCGAUAUAUCGGUUGACCAUCGGUCGACUAUCGGUCGACAAUCGGUCGACUAUCGGUCGACUAUCGACCGAUAGUCGGUCGAUUGUCGACCGAUGGUCGACCGAUAGUCGACCGAUAUAUCGGUCGAUAGUCGACCGAUAUGUCGACCGAGUCCACCUAUAGUACACAUGAUCCCAGUGAGCAGGAUACCGCUGACCAGGAUAGUAAAGACUGCAUGACACACUGUACUGCAAAUGCCAGAAGCUGUUAGAGAUAUAUCAUCUGCAUAUAAUCUAAUAGAAAAAUAAGUAUUUAACUCAGGAAAAUCAUUGAUUUAGAUAAGAAAUGGGAGAGUUCCUAAUAUGGAA